GGAGGGCACAGCAGCGACCUCGGGCGGCGAGCCGCAGCGGCCGGGCAUGGCGGCGUGGAGCCCGGCCAGGGCAGCGCCGCUGCUCUGCGGGAUGCGCGGGCUUCCGCUUCUCCACUGUGCCCAGCGGCUCUUUGCCUCCCAGACCGAGGGCGAGCUCAAGGUGACACAGGUUCUCAAAGAGAAGUUUCCCCGGGCCACCGCUAUCAAAGUCACAGACAUUUCAGGAGGCUGCGGAGCCAUGUAUGAAAUCCAAAUCGAGUCGGAAGACUUUAAGGCAAAGAAAAUCGUCCAGCAGCACCAGAUGGUGAAUCAGGCCCUCAAAGAAGAAAUCAAGGGGAUGCACGGGCUUCGGAUCUUCACCUCCGUCCCCAAGCACUGACCACGGUCCGGCUGCCCGGAUAUUGCUGCUUUAGACCUUGGAUGAACUUGACGGACAGUUCCUGCCUAGGAAUUUGCCAAAAGAUUUUUUUAAAAUCUAUUUUAUUCAAAGACAUUUCCAUAUAAUAAUUAUAGAAGAGUAUGUUAUCUGUCUACUUAGAUGUUAAUUAAAAACCUGAAGACACCAUAGCUCC